UAACACUUAAGUAUAUUUUUCUAAAUAAUAUGCUUUUUGUUUUUGCAAAUGUUUUUAAGGGAGUUAAAUUAUCAUUGCAACACAAUUUUAAUAUUAAUGUAGUUUCAUUUUUAAAAUCAUUAAUAUUCUAUUUAGGUACCACAAUGAGAGAUUCACUUUUUUCUUAUAAACGCUGGUACCUUCAGAGCAUAUUGAUGAGAUUAUCUGGAACACUUUCAAUAGAUGCAAAUUAGGGUAUCUAGUCUAUAAAAGGCCAAAUUCGUUUAUUAUUUUUUACAUUUUAUCGCUAACUAACCAAGAGUGUUGUUACGAACAAAAAUCUAAUUUUAUUAAAUAUUAGAAUGAAAAUUUAUGUACUGAUAUUUUUAGCUUCUACUUUGCUUGUAAGUGAGUGCUCCUACACCCAGGGAUACACCUCACAGAUCACAACAAAGGGAGCAUGGAAGUCAAAAAUGCAAUGGAAGUUCCACUGGGUCAAAGAAUGGCGGGCAAAAAAGGUGUGGGUUCCUAUCUGGAAAAGAGUCUGGACCCCAGUAGAAAUAAACGAAUAUCUACCUUCGCCCGCUGCCCUACACAAAUAGAUCCCAUAUUAGAAAAAAUCACUAUUUAUAAUUGCACUUUAUUUACCAUAAUGAGUUUCUUAGAUUUUAAGAAAUAAGUUCCUGUUUUAGUUUCAUAGUUAUUUAUUUUUUUAUUUAUUUUUUAAUAAACGUUUUAUUAAAAAUA